UCCAGGUGAAGACAUGCAGCUGUUCUGUUGGGGAGACAGCUCCAGCGGACAGUUCGGGCCACAGGCGGCCCCCAGCCCCGUGUCCUGGACCGUCCCCGGGGUUGUAACUAAGAUCUGCUGUGGGGAUCGGCACACUUUAUUUCUUAAUGCAGACGGGGACGUGCUGUCAUGUGGGCAAAACUCUCAGGGACAACUUGGACGACAGAAGAAAAAAAAUGGAAAGAUCAUAGCUCAAGUGGAGGGGCUGGGCAGUGUGGUGGCGAUGGCUUGCGGUCAGGACCACUGUCUGGCUGUGAGUGCAUCUGGACAUGUUUUCUCCUGGGGGGCAGGAGAGGAUGGACAGCUAGGGUUACCAACACGUUCCAACAGUCACAGACCAAGCAAGGUGCCUAUCCCACUGCCCAUACCGAUAAUUCAAGUUGCUUGUGGAAACUCCCAUUCCCUGGCCCUGACUAAAGGAGGCGAUGUCUUCUCGUGGGGUUUAAACAGUCAUGGUCAGCUGGGCCUGGGGAAGGAGGUGCCGGUGCAGGAUACACCCGUCAUAAUUUGUGCUUUGGCUGGAGUAGCGGUAACUCAGAUUGCAGCAGGAGGGACCCACAGUCUGUUCCUCACCCUCGCAGACCUGGUGUACUGCUGUGGGGCCAAUAAAUGUGGUCAGCUUGGGGUUAACAGGGUGGAUGAGAAAGGCAGGUUCAACAUCUGUAUGGUGCCUGCGCUCAGACCUCUAAGUGUCUCCUUCAUAAGCUGUGGAGAGUCGCACUCUGCUGUGUUGACAAAGGACGGUAAAGUUUACACUUUUGGAGACGGAAGCCAAGGUCAGCUCGGUCACAGCACCUCUGCUAAUGAAGUGAAGCCCAAACUGGUUGCAGGUGUGGAUGGUCCUGUUUCCCAGAUUGCAUGUGGCAGGCAUCACACUCUGGUUUUGGGCUCUUCUGGUCAGCUCUGGGCUUUUGGCAGUGGAGCUAAAGGUCAAACUGGAAAUGGGCACAAUGGUGGCAGUCUGACUCCCACUCUGGUUCAGUUUCCAUGGACCACUGACGAUGCAGCAGCCAUGCCCAGUGCAGACUUGAAAAUAGCUGCUGGGUGGAACACAAACUUUGCUUACUCUUCACCUGCAGAGAACUCCGUUCACAAACAGAUAACUGGACGUCUUGAUGAGACAAAACUCCAACAAUGGCUGAUGAUGGAGCAUAGUAAUGUGGAGGCAAAAAGAGAAAUAGGAUCGAUGUUUCUGACAAGUUCAAGUCUUGUUGCAAGUUUCACAAAAGCCAAUGGGUUUCCACUGGAAGCAGGCGACUUAACCAUGGACCUGGAGGCCGCUAGCCGAGCUUUCGACCAGCUGUUCACAAGACAGUGGAUCAAACAAUCAGUAAACUUGGUCCCUCUGUGCGACUUGCUUUACCUGUCAAGAACUGCAUUAAAAUCUCCAGAGAUCAUCCUGAUUCUUCUGACCUGCCCGCUUCUUCAAGAGGACUCUAAUGUCAUGAAUGCAGUUCUAUCUGUGGCCAUCACUAUAGCAGAGAUGUCGGACAAGACUCUGGAAACAUUAAAAAAGUGGUGGAGUUCACUGUCCCCCUUGAUACUGAUGAAGCACAUCAUGGUCUUCAAAAAGGCUCUCGCCUUCAUGCUAAAGAAUGGCCUCUUACAAACACACAACCCAGGAGUCAAAUUCUUACUGGAAGCCCUCAAGCUGCUAUACAAAGCAAACAAAGCUGGAAAGUCCUACAAAGUCCCACUGAGCACCUUUUAUGUAGAAGAAAUCACAAAUGCUGUGCAGCUUGACAUUGACAUCAUGCUUUGGUGGCAAUUCUCCAAAGAGGAGGAUGACGUGAACACACCUGCCAUCUUCUGUCGCUACCCAUUCCUUUUGACCCUGCUUCACAAAGUGGCCGUAUUUAACUUCUGUGCAGCCACAGUGAAGAAUGUGCAUCAACUUGCUCAUCAAGCAGCUUUGGUGCCCGAUCAACCGCACGCCCCAGACUCUCCACCUGCCCCAGUCUUCCAGCUAACCCUGAGGCGACCUCACCUGGUCGAGGACACCUUCAGACAGCUCAGUGCAGCCGACCACUGUGCAUUCCAAAGGGAGCUUUUAGUGCUGUUUGUGGAGGACAGGAAGAUAACAAAUGUCAACAAAAGGGACUUUUUCCUGCAUGUGUUUGAUGAGCUGAUGGCUCCAGAAUCUAAAAUGUUCAUAUAUAACGAGAGCCAGACUGUGGCCUGGUUCCCUCCCAAGCCAAAAGUAGAGGAGAAGACUUACUUCCUGUUUGGCAUUCUGUGUGGCCUGGCUCUCUACAACCACAACAUUAUCCACCUGCGCUUCCCACAAGCUCUGUUCAAGAAGCUGCUCAGGGUCAAACCUACGCUGGACGACAUGAAGGAGUUUGACCCUGUGCUGGCAGAGUCUUGGAGGAUCAUCUUAGAGGACUACACCCCUGAUGUUGUUCAAACGCUGGACACUACUUUCACUGUGUCCUGGGCUGGUGAGACAGUUGAGCUUGAUCCAAAUGAACCAGGAAAACUUGUCACCGGGUCAAACAGGAAAGAAUACGUAGCUGCCUGUGUGAACUACGUCUUCAACAAAUCAGUGGAGAGAGUGUUUGACGAGUUCAAGAGAGGGUUUUUCAAAGUGUGCAACAUGGACGUGGUGGAUUUCUUCCAGCCAGAGGAGCUGCAAGCAGUGAUGGUGGGCCAAGAAAACUACGACUGGGAGGUGUUCAAGAAGAACACAUUUUAUGAAGGUGAAUACCAUGAUGAGCAUCCAAAUAUACUGGUCUUCUGGGAGGUGUUUGAGAGCCUGACAGCAGAGGAAAAGAAAAAGUUCCUUUUGUUUCUCACUGGCAGUGAUCGCGUACCCUUCCUGGGAAUGGAGAGCAUCAAGAUGAGAGUGGCUGUGCUGCCCGAUGCUUCUGAACGCCAUUUGCCUGAAUCGCUUACCUGCCAUUUCCUGUUGUUACUGCCCAUCUACAGGAGAUACCCAGUCGAGAGGAAGAUGCGCACAAGGCUUCUCCAGGCUAUCAAUCACAACAGAGGCUUCUGGAAGAAGCGACCCACCACAGAGUGAAGCAGCAGGGGUUUUGUUGUAAAGAGCCCAUCUUAGCAUCAGUUAUUUUUCGGCUCUUCUUGCUUUACAAUCUGUGCGAAUAAUUGUGAGUGAUAUUUUUUUAUUGUUAUUACAAUUUUUUUUGUGCUUUUAAAAUGAACAUAAGCUUAAAUCUUCAAUAAAUACAAUGCUUAGCAAAUUUCUUACACCACCCAGUUUAUGGAUUAAACCACAGCAUUGGUAAUUAAUAAAAUAAUGUUUUAAUGGUUCUGUAGUGGUUAAUCCACCACUGUGCACAAGCUCUCAAAAUUCUGAUUUGUAAUGCUACAAAAUAACCAUUGUUAUCUGUGAAUCUUCAGAUUCACAGUUUUGCAAAUAAGCGUAUCAAAUUUGUUAUUUUAUUUAUUUUAUUUAGUUUCAGGGGUUGAAUUGUAUCCUCAGAGAAGUCCUGUGUGCCCGCUCAAAUGUGGGUAAAAAAACAUAAACCCACUUUGUUGUCUGCCUAAGAAAUAACAGUAUAACGUUUAGUUGUAAACAAGUUUUUGACAGAAUUCUAUAAUAUUUGUGUAAGAAAUUUGUUAAACACUGUAUGUCAUACAUACUUAGACCAUACUUAGAUUAGGAAAUCACCUUUUCUUGCAUUUGUACCUAGUAAAUCAUCUUAAUAAAUUCUCUGCUAUGCUGCCUAGUA